AUGUUUUUAAUUAUGGCAAUUAAGCCCUCAUUUCCUCAUUUCCCUUUUACCUUGACACAGGAACAAACAGAGCUUGUCUGGAGUAUAAAAGAUGAACUGAAGAAAGUUUGCAGCACCAACGAUUUGAAAGAGCUUCUUAUAGCCAACAAACAGCAGGUGCCAUCUGGAGAAACCAAUAUCCUGGACAGAGUAUCUGAUGGCAUGGCUUUUGGUGCUCUUCUUCCUUGCGAGGAAUGUCAGGGACAGUUUGUGUUCAAAACUGACGCUUAUUACUGUACAGGGGACAUCAGUGCCUGGACCAAAUGUGUUGCUAAAACACAAAUCCCCAAUAGAAAGGAUUGGGUUAUUCCAAAGGAGUUCCAUGAAGUUCCAUAUUUGAAAAAGUUCAAGUUUAAGAGGCAGGACAGAGCCUUCCCUCCCUCUGUAGCUCCAACAGCUGUCGCCGCUCCAGUUUCUGCUAAGCCGGUAGUUAAAGCAGAAGCAGUUCCCGAAGGCAAGCCACUGACAAAUAUGUCCGUUAUGAUUCUUGGCAAACUGUCCAAAAACAAAGAUGAUGUGAAGACGAUCAUUGAAGAACUAGGUGGAAAAACAACUGGAUCUGCCAACAAAGCCACAGUGUGCGUCAGCACCCAAAAGGAGGUGGAGAAGAUGAGUAAGAAAAUGGAAGAAGUGAAAGCAGCCAACAUUCGGGUGUUGAGUGAGGACUUCCUGAAUGAACUGAAGUCUGGAAAGAGCUUCCAGGACCUGCUUGCCCAGCAUGGCAUCUCUACUUGGGGUGCAGAAAUAAAACAGGAGGCAGUACAGGAGCCCCAGGCAAAAUCAAAAUCAGGACUUGGGAAAAGUACUGGCAAAGUAAAAGAGGACCAGGGGAGCAGCAAGUCUGAGAAAAAGAUGAAGUUAACUGUUAAAGGUGGAGCAGCUGUUGAUCCAGACUCAGGACUUGAGAAUUCAUGUCAUGUGUUGGAGAAAAGUAGCAAGAUCUUCAGUGCCACUCUGGGCCUGGUGGAUAUAUCCCGAGGGACAAACUCUUAUUAUAAACUGCAGUUGAUAGAACAUGACAGAGAUGCCAGGUACUGGGUCUUCCGGUCCUGGGGCCGCGUCGGAACAGUUAUAGGCAGUAACAAACUAGAAGAAAUGUCUUCUAAAGAGGAAGCCAUUGACCAUUUCCUUAGUCUGUAUCAAGAGAAAACUGGAAAUGCCUGGCACUCUACCAACUUCACCAAACACCCCAAUAAGUUCUAUCCACUGGAGAUAGACUAUGGCCAAGAGGAGGAUGUGGUGAAAAAGCUAUCGGCUGGAGCUGGAACAAAGUCCAAACUUGCAAAACCGGUGCAAGAACUCAUAAAGAUGAUAUUUGAUGUGGAGAGCAUGAAGAAAGCUAUGGUGGAGUUUGAGAUUGAUCUGCAGAAGAUGCCUUUGGGCAAGCUUAGCAAGCGACAGAUUCAAAGUGCAUACUCUAUCCUGAAUGAGGUGCAGCAGGCUGUAUCUGACAGUGCUCCUGAAGCUCGUUUGCUGGAUUUGUCCAAUCGUUUCUAUACAUUAAUACUCAUGAUUUUGGAAUGAAGAAGCCCCCUCUCCUGGAUAAUGUGGAAUACAUCCAGGCAAAGGUGCAGAUGCUGGAUAAUCUGCUAGAUAUAGAAGUUGCUUACAGUCUUCUGAGGGGUGGCACAGAUGACUCGGAGAAGGAUCCUAUUGAUGUGAAGUAUGAGAAAAUUAAGACUGAUAUUAAGGUUGUAGAUAAGGACUCUGAAGAAGCCAAGAUAAUCACUCAGUAUGUUAAGAACACACAUGCUGAGACACACAACGCCUAUGAACUUGAGAUCCAUGAUAUUUUCAAGAUUGAAAGAGAAGGGGAGAGACAGAGGUAUAAGCCAUUCAAGCAGUUACACAACCGUCAGCUGCUCUGGCACGGAUCACGAACCACAAACUUUGCUGGAAUUUUGUCUCAAGGUCUGCGUAUUGCUCCUCCUGAAGCACCUGUUACUGGUUACAUGUUUGGUAAAGGUAUUUAUUUUGCCGACAUGGUUUCUAAAAGUGCAAACUACUGUCAAACAACGCCAAGUAACCCGACAGGUUUGAUCCUACUGGGAGAAGUCGCUCUUGGAAACAUGUAUGAGUUGAAAGCUGCUUCUCACGUAACAAAAUUACCUAAGGGUAAACAUAGCGUGAAAGGCUUGGGCAGAACUGCACCUGAUCCUUCUGCUACUGUACAGCUUGAUGGAGUUGACGUUCCUCUGGGGAAAGGGAUGUCUACCAACAUUAGUGACACCAGUCUACUGUACAAUGAAUAUAUUGUGUAUGACAUUGCCCAGGUGAACCUGAAGUACCUCCUGAAGCUACAGUUCAAUUACAAAGGCGGACUCAUGUGGUGA